GCGGCUGGUCAACCCAAGAAAAACACAACAGAACACAAAAUCAGCUAAAGAAAAUUGGAAAACUCGGCAUUGGUCUAGAGGUUCAUCGGACAAAAAACAGAAAAAUAUUCAAAUUGCUCGAACGUUAGAUUUGAUUAAUUACGCUUAGUUGCAGUAGUCUGCAUUGUGCUGGCUAAACGGAGACUAACGAAAAACAAAGAAAAACAGCAAGUUGCGCUGCAAAAAACCGGAAAUUCUAGAUCUCUCGGAUCUCACGAUCCCAGCAUAUAAACAAAACAAACAAAACAAAGCGGCACUUUUCUGCAAACAAAAAAUCAAGCGAAAUAAACGUAAGAAAAACCCACGAAAAAAGUGACACAAAUAAAGCAAAGCGCGAUCGGUGUGUCCAGUCGAUCUGGUACCCAUAAUACCUAUUCCCCCAUUUAAUACCUAUAUACCUAUAGCCCCUGAGAAACGCUGAGUGUUGAGUUUAUUUCUGUUUCUGUGUCGGCUUCAGCGGUUUUUCGCUUUUUUGUUAUUAUUGCUGGCCAAAAACGAAGGAAAAAUCGACGGCUAGUCGUGGAAAAUCGUGCGCUCUUAAAGUAACAUAUUUAUUUUUAAAAAUUUCGCAAGCGUUCAAAUUCUGCUCCAGCAAAAAAUCAGAACUCAGAAACCAGACAAUCGCAACCAGAACAACAACAAUAAAUAGAUCGGCGCGAUCGUUAGAAAAACCAAAACAGCGGCAACAACGGCCGGCUCUUAAAAUUUAGUUUGGGAAAUCGACAGGAGGAAAAGGGGCGACAGGAACUCCGGCGAGGACUUUCGGGGAAGCGCAGGCGAGGAUUGCGAGAGAGAUGUCCACGGCGACUUGUGCCCGCUUCUGCACGCCUUUGACAUCCGGCCCGGCAGGAUCCACAUCAAAAUUGACAACCGGAAACGGAAGCGGCAGCACCAUGACGUCAUCGUACAAGAAGAAAAUUCCAUCAAACAGCAGCAGCACAACAACAGCAAAUGACAGCAGCAGCAACAACACAGAGACAACAUUCACAUUCAAAUUGGGCCGCCCGAACGGCAGGAGCAGCAGCAACGUGGCCUCCAGUGAGUCAUCCGAUCCGCUGGAGUCCGAUUACAGCGAGGAGGAUCCGGAGCAGGAGCAGCAUGGGCCGGAUCCGGCGACCAAUAGCCGGAGCAGCAGCACCACCACCACCACCAGUUCCGCUGACCAUGACAAUGAGGUCGACGAGGAGGAUGAGGAGGACGACGAGGACGAGGAGGUGGGCAACGGGCGGGACGCGGACGAUGCCACCCACGAUUCCAGCGAGAGCAUCGAGGAGGACGAUGGCAAUGAGACCGAUGACGAGGAGGACGACGACGAGUCCGAGGAGAGCAGCAGUGUCCAGACCGCGAAGGGAGUGCGCAAAUACCACUUGGACGACUACCAGAUAAUCAAAACAGUGGGCACUGGCACCUUUGGACGUGUGUGCUUGUGUCGCGAUCGCAUUUCGGAGAAGUACUGUGCCAUGAAGAUUUUGGCCAUGACCGAAGUCAUUCGUCUCAAACAGAUUGAACACGUCAAGAACGAGCGGAAUAUAUUAAGGGAAAUACGACAUCCGUUUGUCAUCAGUCUGGAAUGGUCCACAAAGGAUGACUCGAAUCUGUAUAUGAUCUUCGAUUAUGUCUGCGGCGGAGAGCUGUUCACAUAUCUGCGGAAUGCCGGAAAAUUCACUAGUCAAACUUCUAACUUUUAUGCGGCUGAAAUAGUCAGUGCUUUGGAAUACCUGCACUCACUGCAAAUCGUUUACCGCGAUCUAAAGCCAGAGAAUCUGCUGAUCAAUCGGGAUGGCCAUUUAAAAAUAACAGAUUUUGGAUUCGCCAAAAAACUGAGGGAUCGCACUUGGACAUUGUGCGGAACGCCCGAGUAUAUAGCACCUGAGAUAAUUCAGUCCAAGGGCCAUAAUAAAGCCGUUGACUGGUGGGCAUUAGGAGUUCUCAUCUACGAAAUGCUCGUGGGCUAUCCACCUUUCUACGAUGAACAGCCUUUCGGCAUCUACGAGAAGAUAUUGAGCGGUAAAAUUGAGUGGGAGCGUCAUAUGGAUCCCAUUGCCAAAGACUUGAUCAAAAAGUUGCUGGUGAAUGAUAGAACCAAGCGACUGGGCAACAUGAAGAAUGGCGCCGAUGACGUGAAGAGGCAUCGCUGGUUCAAGCACUUGAAUUGGAAUGACGUCUACAGCAAGAAACUUAAGCCACCAAUUUUGCCCGAUGUACAUCACGAUGGUGAUACCAAAAAUUUUGAUGAUUAUCCCGAGAAGGAUUGGAAGCCCGCCAAGGCAGUAGACCAAAGAGAUUUGCAGUACUUCAAUGAUUUCUAAAUAAGAGCCGAGAAAUUGUUGUUUUUUGUUUUCUGUUGAAAAUUGUUAUAAUUUGCGACAGCAAGAACAUUCAUUAUUUAUACUGGCAAUUAAGUGUUUAAAGUGCUGUGCUAAUGCAAUGAUAUGUAGCGGUACAUAUAUCUAUACAUAAACUAUAUUAUAAUGUACGACUAUACAUAAACAUACACCCAUACAUAGUAAGCUUAAGUUUAUACCCGUAAUGUUAUGUCUAGCAAGUGACGUCUAUAAUUAUUUAUAAAUAUUUAAUUGUUUAAAUGUUCAAAUUGCGAGCAGCCCCACACCCUACAAGAGUACAGCUAAAGUACAGUAAAGAAUAUAUUAUAAAAAACAAAAAAUAUUAACGUAAAACGUUGAAUAAAGUGAUACAAAUUGAAA